AUGGCAGGUGGUUCUCAAUAUCCUAAUGAAAUGUUCAACGGUUGGCGUUAUUAUUUCAAUACAUAUACUAUAAAGGGACGCUCUACUAUUGUGUACACCACGUAUGCCGCAACCGCUUUAUUAGUCCUCGCCAUUAAUCGUAGGUCAAAGAAAAACAGAGCUAUCCGCGAAGCCACUGAACAGUCGUGCGCUCCUGAUAUGGUGUCCUGGCGAUUAACUCUGCUCUGUCUCUGCAUUUUGGGUGUUGUUCAUGCUAAAAAGGGCCCGAAGGUAACAGAAAAAGUCUAUUUUGACAUAACAAUUGGAGGUAAACCCGAGGGGCGUAUCGUCAUUGGACUAUUCGGUAAAACAGUGCCAAAAACGGUUGCAAACUUCAAGGCUUUUGCUGUGGGGCAUGAAAAAGAUGGAAAGACGUAUGGUUAUACCGACAGCAUUUUCCACCGUGUUAUCAAAGAUUUCAUGAUUCAGGGAGGCGAUUUCACCAGAAUGGACGGAACUGGUGGCUUCAGCAUAUACGGGGAUAGAUUUGAAGAUGAAAAUUUCAAGCUUAAACAUGAGGGCAAGGGUUGGGUUUCCAUGGCAAAUGCUGGAAAAGAUACCAAUGGGAGUCAGUUCUUUAUCACUCUGGCCAAAACUAGUUGGUUGGAUGAACGGCACGUAGUGUUUGGUAUAGUUCUCGAAGGGAUGGAUGUGGUUGAAAAAAUCGGAGCAACAAAAACUGAUCAAAGGGAUCGUCCCAUUGAUGAAGUGAAAAUUGCCGCUUCCGGUGCCUUGAUGGUGGAAGAGGAAAUGAAUGUUGAAUUGUGA